AUGAGUCAACCUUCAUCCACCAUCAAUGAACAUCAAGACUACUUCCAGCAGAAAAACUACAUCAUAAAGCAGCUCGGCAUCGGCUCCGCUUCAAAUGUAUACGCAACAAUACCCAAAGCAGUCGCCACCAGGAUUCUCUCCCGAUAUCCCACCCAUUUKACCAAAGAGGCGACAUGCAAUAGACUUCGAGCGUCUUUACGAGCCACGAAGAUUGCGCAUCAAGACUUCAGCAACGAAGGCAAUGACUUCAAAGCGGAGAUUGAGUGUUAUCAAGAUCUCCUCCCGCGGCCACAUAUCGUCAACAUCAUUGAUUCCGACAAGCAGAGCAACAGCUGGGUUUCACUCGAACUUCUCUCCGGUGGGACACUACACACCCUAGAGAAUCAAGUCCACCAGCAAUUCAUCUCUUCAGGAGAAUCCCCUCUCCCAGUAGCUUUUGCCUGGCACUUGAUCGCAGAACUUUCCGCCGCAUUCUUAGAAUUACACCACGGCAUAGUCGCCAACAACGAAUUCCUCCCAGAAGCACUAAAAUACACCCACGGCGACAUCCAAUCCGAAAAUAUACUGUUACGUUUCCCCGGCAAAUUCAAAGACUACCCAGACAUCAUCCUCACAGAUCUAGGAAAACCCCAAUUCCUAGCCCCAGAAGACGAUUCAGAAAUUGCAGAAACCUUCUACAAAACCCAAGCCGAUGAAGUUUUCGUCGCAAUGGCUGACUUGGACAAAAUCAUGAAGGGCCUCGUGGUGCAGGAUCCGAGACUACUGAUAGCUCUACAAGCUCUGAGUCAUUUCCGCGAGCCGGGGGAUGAUGUGCAUGAUAAGAAUGAAAUGUUGCGGGAAUGUUUGCGGUAUGUGAUGAAUGCAGCUGUGGAGAGGAGGGAAGAGCUGUAUUUGCCUUUGAGGUCGGAUUUAGCGUUGGGUCGUUUGGAAGUGCUGGUGAGUAAUGAGGUUUUGGGGAGGGUUUUUUUGCAGUUGGGUUGA